CUCAUGUGACGGAGCUGGGUCAGGCUGAGCGGACAGACUGCAGAGACUUUAGUCCUCCUUCAAGUCCUUCUGCUCCUGGGUCGCAGCGAAAUAAUGAAACGCUGAAUUUCAAAGCUUGACGGAUUUUUUUUCGAAAAAGGAUACACUUCUUGGGCAACUUUUUCCUCCCACACUUACUAAACUACAUUUAGCGCGUUUAAAUAUGGAGCGAAUUCCAAGCGCGCAACCUCCUCCACUGUCCAAACACCACAGCGACCUACCGGACAUGCACAGCAUGGACUUCCCCAUGUACGCGUACAAACCCCGGCGUGGAAUGAAACGAGGCGAGGAAAGCAAGGAUACGUACAAGCUUCCUCAUCGGCUCAUCGAGAAGAAAAGACGAGAUCGGAUAAACGAGUGCAUCGCUCAGUUGAAGGAUUUACUGCCCGAACACCUCAAACUUACAACUUUGGGUCAUCUAGAGAAGGCGGUGGUUUUGGAGCUCACGCUGAAGCACGUGAAGACGCUCAGCACGCUGCUGGAGCAGCAGCAGCAGAAGAUCCUGGCCCUGCAGAGCGGCAUGCAUAUCGAGCAACCUCUGGUCAGCCAGGAGAAGUCCGAGGAGAUGUUUCGCUCCGGCUUCCACAUGUGCGCCAAGGAGAUCCUCCAGUAUCUUGCAAGUCGCGAGAGCGACGGCGACUUUGCGUCGUCCCACGUCAUCAACCACCUUCAUAAGUUGGCCGCCGACGUGCUCCAACAGAGUCCAAAGCGACCCCGUUCACCCGUCAGCCCUCCGCCCCAAGAGACCCCCGCUUACAGCCAGCACCAAACCUACAAGGAGGCGCCCGCCAGCUCGCCACCGAAACCCAGCGAGGGCUACGGGAGGGUGCCCGUCAUCCAGCGGGCGCACGCUCCUAUGAGUAGCGAGCAGAGCGGCAGCGACACGGAUACGGACAGCGGCUAUGGCGGCGAGCUGGAGAAGAACGAGUGCGGCGCCCCUCUGAGGCGGCCGGACUACUACGGCCAGGAGGGCAAGCUGAUGAAGCGCGGAGCCGAGAGGCAGAGCUCCGGCGUCAAGCGGGAAGACGACGAGCCGCGGCACAAGCGAGCCCGGGCGGAGUCGUCCGAGGACGAGCUGCUCUCGGGCGGCGAAUCCUCCUCCUCCUCCAGCGGCUACGGCAGCUACAUGAGCGUGUCCCCCAACCAUCCGCCACCGCCCCCGCAUCCUCUCUGCAUGCCCUUCUACCUCAUCCCGCCCUCCGCCGCCGCCUACCUGCCCAUGCUGGAGAAAUGCUGGUACCCCGGGAGCUUGCCCAUGAUGUACACGGGCAUCGGGGGCUCCGCCAGCGCCGCCCUUGACGAGAGGCCGCCCCCGCCGGCAGCCUCUUCCAGGGGAGGCUCUCCGUCCCCGGCCGUAACCCAGACGCCCAUGGACUCCCCCGCCCUCCUUCAGGCGCUCAAACAGGUACCGCCCCUCAACCUGGAGACCAAAGACUAAGAACACAUUGUCCUGAAGUGCAUCCAUCACUUCGCUCUUCAUACCGGAAUGUAGAAAGCAUCAAGCGAGGAACAGGAGUAGCGGCGUCCGAACGGUUGAAUGUCAAAUGGACCUUGCUCUACACACACACACACACACACACACACCUUCUUGUAUUUGUCACCUUCUCGAGACCUCCGAAAAAUACCUCUUUAGCACCACCCUUUCUAGAUAUAUAAAGAUUUGUAUUUACAUCAUGAAUAAUAUAUACAUACUAUGCAAAUAUAAAACAGCUUGUUGUGAAAAAUGAGUUGGAAUUUCACAAGAAAAAGGUCACAAUUUCACAAGAAAAACUUUGAAUUUUGGCAGUGUAUACCAAAAAUCGUCAUUUUACUCAACGCAAGUCAAAAUUUUACGAGAAAAACUGAACAUUUGUGCAAUGUUAUGAUAAAAGUUGGAAUUUUACUCAAUGACAGUCGCAAUUUUACAAGAAAAGCUCAAAAUGUUUGGCAACUUUAUGAAAAGAGUCGUGUUUUUACUCGACAAAAGUUACAAUUUUAUAAGAAAACUUUAACAUUUUGCCAAUAUUAUAAUAGUAAUCGGAAUUUUUACUCAAAAAAUGUCACUAUUUUUACAAGAACCACAAAACAAUUGGCAAUAUUGUGAUAAAAGUCAGAAUUCUAUAUGACAAAUGUCGCCAUUUUGCAUUAGAAAGUAAUAAUUUUACGAGAAAACAUUGCAAUAUUACAGAAACAGAAAGAAUAUGAGAAAUUGUUCCCAAUUUUAUAAGAAAAAAGUUGACACAUUGUGAGACAAAGACUGUUUUUUUUUAAAUCUUUGUUUGUAAUUGGUUUUUAAUCGUCAUUAUUUACUUCGUUAUUACAGUAUGUCUCUAUAUACGUAUUUAUUUUAUGUUUUUUUUAUUAAUUUUGGCCAAAGGAGGCACAUUUAAAUUUCUCACACACACUUGUUAUUACACAUGCUGACCAGAGGGGGAGCACUUUUAAAACCGACACACAAUCAAUUUGAAAAAUCCCUCCUUUUUGGGACCACCCUAAUUUUGAUAGAUUCUCUAUUAGAUGCUAUAGUUUUCCGUAUCGGGACCAUGAUGUCGGUCCUAACUUGCUCACCGAUCCUCAUAUGGAAGGUACUUUUCCUUGUUGAUGAUUGAUUGAUUGAAACUUUUAUUAGUAGAUUGCACAGUUCAGUACAUAUUCCGUACAAUUGACCACUAAAUGGUAACACCCGAAUAAGUUUUUCGACUCGUUUAAGUCCACGUAAAUCAAUUCACGGUAUGACUCAAGAAGGGUAGAAAUACAAGAACACACACACACACACACUUGCCUGAAUGUAAAGAAAGACGUUGCUGCUGUUGACAGAAAAAAAACCCCGACACUGACGCAUUUCACUCGUAGCUUUUGUGUGGGGGGAAAGGACAUGCCAUUUUUUUGUAUGAUAAAAAGUCAAACCAAAUGUUAGAAAUUCACCCAAAGUUUGUUGCCUAGUGUUCUUCAUCAUCAUCAUCACUUCAAAAAAGAAUGAGAAGUCAGUCUUUCCCAAGCUGAGAUGGGUUCUAAUGUAAUUAUUGUGCAUAGACUUCUUGUACAUUUCUAUUUUUGAUACCUAGUCCACGCACCACGUGUGUACGUGUACAUACUGUGCUGGGCCUGGUCUUGCGUAUUCAAACGUGUUUCCACUCAAGUCAAACCUGGCGUUUGUUCUUGCCGUUGCCUUCUUGACAUGUGAAAGGAGCUCGGUCGCGUUGAUCUCUGUUCAGCGCGGGCGAGUCGAGGAGGAAGAGAACGUGAAUGUAAAAGUUUUACCACAGAGGACUAGUUUUUUUUCUACCGAGAGAGAGGUACUUGAUAUUUUAUAUUUUGGGACCUACAUGGAAGACGAUUGCUGUUUGUACAUAUUUUGUCUAUAAAUGUUGAUAUACAUGUAUGAAUAAAGUAUUUUUUUUUCCUGUGGAAAA